CUCACUCCCCCCACCCCCUCCUGCCGAUAAGAAGCUUCGUCGCCGUCCCCUCCUCUUUUCUCCGUCCUAGCAAAAUCCUCCCCGUACCCAGAGCCAAGAAAGUAAAAGAGCUGAGGUAUUAAAGGCCGGAAGCCGGCGAGCUGCGGGAGAAAAAACUUUCUUUCCGGGGAGGAAAUCGGGACAGGGCCGGGUCAAAACCAUCUCUCCUGGCAAGCAACCUCGUCUCCGGUUGGUGCUGCUGCCUGCCGCUGCUGUCGGAGACGAGCGGGUAGGGGAGACCACGAGCUCGGACGGGCGGCUCGAGAAGAGGGAAGGGGGAGGAGCUUGUGAAGAAGCCUGAGAGAGGUAGCCAGGGAUCAAAUCAAAUCAAGCCAUGGACUCGGAGCACUGGAUCUCGCGCCUCGCCGCCGCCAAGCGGUACUACGCGGCGCAGCUCGGCCACAUCGACGAUAUGCCGGGGAUGGGGAUGGAGGAGGUGGAGAUGGAGAUGGAAGACGACGGGGACAUGGAGAUGGAGAUGGAGAUGGCGCUCGGGGACGCGACGUGGCCGGAGGUCGCCUGCCCUUACUGCUACGAGGACCACGACGUCGCCUCCCUCUGCGUCCACCUCGAGGAGGACCACCCCUACGAGCCACACGCCGCGCCAUGCCCCAUUUGCUCCCAAAGGAUUACAAGAGAUAUGCUUAACCAUAUCACCAUGCAACAUGGUUACUUGUUCAAGAACGGUCACAGGUGUCGCAGAUAUAUUAUUCCCGAGAGCCAUGCAAUUUCUUUAUUGAGCCGAGAUCUGCGUGGUACUCAUUUACAGGCUCUUCUAGGAGGUGGUCAUAGCCACAGAUCAAGUAACACAGCCACCACAAACAUUUCCAGUGAUCCUCUUCUUUCAUCAUUUGGCCUGAGUUUCCCAACAUCAGAUGCACCAGAGCCAUCAAAAUCAACACCUUCUAUGCCAGAUGGUGCCUCAGUACGUAAGGAAACACCAGCUCAGCCUUGGGAAUCAAGUAUUGACUCGUCUCUCACAAGCGAAGAAAGGGAACAAAAGAGGAAACAGGCCACUGACAGAGCAACCUUUGUGCAAGGCCUGGUGCUCUCAACUCUAUUUGGGGACUGACUGUUCAAACAGCCAUAGGUUCUUGCUAGAUGGGCGCUUACUCCUGCCUGGUCCCCAUAGUCUGGUAGUGCUCCACCAAGGUUGGUGGGUCUAACUCUGAUGGCAGGAGAAUUCGCCUGGAAGCUGUAGCCGCGUUCUUCUUUGUUGUUUCAGUAGAGCGCGGAGUUUCCGUGAUGAUACAGCUUUUAAUUUAAGCUAGCUGUUGUACCUUUAUUUUAUCAAUUUACCAGCCAGCAAUCCCAUAACUGUAACUCAUUGGUACAUUGUGUUUGUACUUUGUACCAACAUACAUAAUAGCUGUAACAUCUUCUAUACGAUGCAAAGAUGGCACUUGUAUGAGAGCAGUUGCCAAAGUGCAAAAUCCUUUAUGUCGUA